GCUCCGGUCACGGCGCGGGCUCCGUCGGAGGUGGUUACCCCGGCCCGGCCCGGCCCGGCCCGGCCCCGUCGCACCGAUCGCGGCGGGCGGGUGCAGCCAUGGCAGUGCACGGGGUGCCGUGCCUGACCUGGUGCCUCCGCCGAGUCGGGGCCAGCUGCGACUGGCUCCUGCUGGAGGCCGGCACGCAGGUGACUAUAGGCCGAGGAUUAGAUAUCACAUACCAGCUGGUGUCGAAAACCUGUCCCUUGAUGAUCUCUCGUAAGCACUGUGUCUUCCAGCAGAAUGCAGAGGGGCAAUGGACUGUCAGGGAUAAUAAGAGUCUAAAUGGAGUCUGGCUUAACAAGCAGCGCCUGGAUCCGUCAAAAGUCUAUCCUAUUGCUGAAGGAGACCAUAUCCAGUUGGGAGUGCCUUUGGAAAACAGAGAGACUGCUGAAUAUGAAUAUGAAGUAAUUAAAGAUGAAUGGGAGAAAAUUAAGCCCUUUUUAGCCCAAAGAAGUGAUCUCGGGAAAGCUAAGAGUUCACGAACUAAACGUAAAUUUAAUUUGGAGGAAUUGGAGACAUCUGGAUCAGAAGGCCCUUCAGACUCCAGAUGCAAAAGAGACAGAAUGUCAUGUGACAGUGAACCUUUAGAUAAAUCAUGGGGACAGGCAGAAGAGGCCAGACAGCUAACAGAGAAGAUGGUUGUCAAGCUGCCUUCUCCUGGACCCAGUGAGGGGGACAGUGGUCCAGUGCAUGGUAGCCCUGUUCAUUCCAAGAAAGCUGUGACUGUCCCCCAGAUGGACCAGAAAGGCUGCAGUCUUGCAGUCUCAUGGACAGGCUUGAAAAUGCUGAGGAAAUCUCUAGUAGAUACAAUGAAAUUAAAGGUCAAAGUGCAGGAGAAGCAGACUGCAGUUCUAAAGGUGAAGCAGAAGCGCAGGAAGUGUGAUCAGAAGGAGAUCCUGGUGAUGGAACAGGAGCUGCAGGAGUUGCAGAACCAACUCUGCAUGGAACAAGAGCAUCAGCAGCAGCAGGUGGAAGAACUGGAGAGGACAUUCAGUAAAGAGCAGCAGAAGCUAGAGGGAGAAAAGUGUGAACAAGGGGAAGAGAAUCUGAAGGAGCAGCUGGCCCAGGUCCUGCAAGAGCAUCGUGCUUUGAUGGAAGAACUGAAUCGUAAUAAAAAAGAUUUUGAGGAGAUAAUUCGAGCCAAAAAUAAAGAACUGGAAGAAACCAAGGAGGAGAAGGAAAAGGUGAGAGCCCAAAAAGAAGAGGUGUUGAAUCAGAUGAAUGAUGUGUUGGAGAAUGAGUUGCAGUGCACAAUCUGUUCUGAGCACUUUAUCGAGGCGGUGACUCUGAACUGUGCGCACAGCUUCUGCUCCUACUGUAUCAAUGAGUGGACGAAGCGUAAAGCGGAGUGCCCUAUCUGCAGGCAGGAGAUUAAAUCGAAGACACGCUCUCUGGUGCUGGAUAACUGCAUUAACAGGAUGGUAGAAAAACUGGAUGUGGAAAUGAAAGAGCAUCGCCUGAGCCUUAUCAGAGAGCGGAAAGGUGAGAGAGAAACAGAAUGUGAUGGUGAAACCAGCCACAGACAAUAACGGCAGUGUCCGUUCUUCCACCUACUCCAUCUUUACAAUGAGCAGUUGUGACAGCAAGGACUCUGAGGAGGAUUCUUCCUAUAAUGAAAGCUACUAUAUUAUCUGAAAGUUGUUACUGCAGACUCAUUGCCCCUGUGCUUCCUAGAGCCAGCCUAAUGGUGUCUGGUUGACUGCUGCUGGAGGAGUGGACUGGGCACCUGGAAGGACCUCGGAAGAGGCUGGAGCUGUAAACUAGCAGCAUUUGGAAGAAGGAUCUUGUUUUCCAAAUGAAUGCACAGAAGCUUGAUCUCUAAACCAAAAUUGGAUUUGUGAGAGAACUGACUGCUAUUAUGCUUGCUAAUACAAACCCUAAACUUCCAUGUUAGCUUGUGUCCUGCUUGGUGUAAUGAAAGAGUUUGUGUUGCGUCAUUGUCCUUUCCUUAGUGAAUUACAUGUUUACAUCAGCAUCCCUUAUUUCAGGCAGCAGAGGGAAUGUCCCAAGUCUUUUGAAAACUUAGCCAUCCCCACCUGCAGACAGAUAGAUUUAUCAGGAAAAAGUGCCAAUGUGGGUUUUCCUCUUAAAUUUCACGUGGCAGCUAGAGUCAUCCCAGGCCUUUUGCAUUAAAGGUAAUAAAGGGUGGGAAAUAGACACUUUUGGCUGCAAGUGCAUUUUUAGCUAGCUGCUGGCCAUUGGAUGGCUCUGUUUAUGUAGCCCAUUUUCCAUUAGAUAGGGAUGGAGGAGAUUAAAUCUUCCAGAAUUCUUUAGCUAAUGUUCUUUUCAUGUAGCGUCUUUGGUUUGUUCCCACUUCAGGCUUUUGCAUAAAGGGUUUUAGAACUAGGAAGCAGCACAUCCAGAAAUUUUUAGCAAUGACUUUAAAAACCUGUAAUCACCAGCAGAGAGGAACCUGUGCCCCUUCAGGUGUGCUGCUCUCCAAAUUGCUGAAAUGUCCUAUUGGCAGGGUAGGAGAGCAGCAGCUGCAGACAACCACAAGGUACAGAAUGAAGCGCUUUGUUUUAUUGUCUACAAGACAUAACUGUUGAGCUGUGGGUUGUACUACCCUCCCAGCAAAUGACUUGUUCAUAAGAGACUGAUCAAGUCUUGCCUCAUCCUAUCAUGUAUUUGUUUAUUGAGUUCCAUUGUCUAGUGAGUUAUGCUUUUGACUUAGCUGUUACAUGGAAAGGACUCUUACACUGUGAGAACAGGAUGGGGAAGCCCUUCUCAUCUGUAAUAUUUCUUUGGCUCUUUGUAUAUACCAUGUUGUUUCUAUGUUUAUUUUGUUUAAGAAUGAAAAUAUAAAUCCAUAUCUGCAUUAGUCUUCUUUGGUGCAGCCACUGAUAAGAAUGUCUUCUAGUUGUCUUUAGACUUUUUUGAGAAAACAGACUAUCUCAUUUAAUGACUGUGUCAUGUUUUGAUUGCUGUAUGCAAUGUGACUACUUUAAAGUUAUUUGAAAGACUUUUGUAUUCAGGAACUAAUCAAAGACAACCCAAUCCUUCAAGACUGUGACUACCCUAAUGCUAAUUUAAUAGCUACAAUCGUAUCUCUUACCUUCUUCCACCAAGGAAGAUCCCAUUGAAAAGGUGCAUGAAUGAUAUCCUAAGGAAGUAGUGUAUUCUGAUGAAUUUGGUCAGUAGGAUUUAAACAGGGGAGGCCUGAUUUGUGGGCCAGGCAACUUGAAAUUUUAGUGUAAUGCUUCUUUUGUGAAGGAGACAUUUAAAGAAAAGAAUACAGAAAAUGUAGUGUUCACUUUCUGUAUGUGCUGUUGAGAGUUUCUUUUGUGAAUAGAUGCUUUCUAGAAUGUGCAAGAGAAGAGAAUUCCUGAAAAUGCUCAUGAAAUAGGAUGAUGUGGAGCAGACAUUUCCAUGAAGAGAAGGAAAAUACUCUUGAUUACAUAGGACUGCAAAUUCUUCUACUCUGUAUCUCUUCCAUAGUGCUGUGGAUUUUUUUCCUAAUUUCAUUUUGUGAAAUAUAUAUUUAUUUUAUUA